AUCACUGAGGCAUCAGCAGCUUUGCACACGCACCCGGCAUCCCCACCAGAGCCGCCAUUCUCUCUUUGCGGCGUCUCUCCGGCGAGCAGCGGCCCGUUCCUCACCGCGCAAGAAGCUGGCACUUGGCGUGGCGGGCGCAGGAGAAGACAGAGGAUGAGGGCCGUGGUGCAGCGCGUCCUCUCGGCCAGCGUCGAGGUGGAGGGGCGAGUAGUGUCGGCGAUCGGCCCUGGACUCCUCGUACUCAUCGGCGUCCACGAGGCGGACACCGACUCCGACGCCGACUACAUUUGUCGGAAGGUCCUGAACAUGAGGCUAUUUCCUAAUGAGAAGACUGGGAAAGCAUGGGAUCAAAGUGUUAUGCAGCGUAGCUUUGAAGUCCUAUUAGUCAGUCAGUUUACAUUAUAUGGCAUCCUGAAGGGUAACAAGCCAGAUUUUCAUGUGGCUAUGCCACCUGCAAAAGCAAAACCAUUCUAUGCUUCUCUAGUCGAGAAAUUUCAGAGGUCAUACUCGGCUGAUUCAGUGAAAGAUGGCAUUUUUGGAGCAAUGAUGAAGGUUUCUUUGGUAAACAAUGGCCCAGUGACAAUGCAAGUCGACUCACCCUCACUGCAAGGCGCUGCUCAGUCAAGCAACGGCGAUGAUGGUUUGCUUAGAGAUGGUGAGGCAAGAGUACCUAAAGAGACAUGCUAGAUUCUAUGACUUGGUCUCCUGAGUCCUGCCGGCCUACAAGUGAUGGAUCCCUGGUCAAUGUUAUCCAUUACAUUAUGCUCAUGCAGAAUUUUGAGUUUGGGGUUGGAGCUGGAAGAUGUCAUAUGCUGUGCUUCUAUAUGACUUGUUGAUCCCUGAGGAAAUAUCAGUCUUGAUUUUUGUUACAAGUUGACAUCGAUCCUGUCGUUUGCUCUCAAAUUUAUGUACGCCGUCAUUGACAGUCACUUCCAACAUUGUAUUUGUGCAAAUGAGAGGAGCAGGCAGUCCAGACUAUACUA